UCCAGCAUCCGCGCGACGAGAGACGAACUGCGAACAUGCCGGUCAAGUUCCACACCAAGACGCUCGAGUCGGUGCUCGACCCCGUCUCCCAGCAGGUUGCACAGCUCGUUCUGAUUCACGAGAAGGCGGGAAGCGGACGGAUUGUUGAAGAUCUGACGGCUCCAUUGCAGGGCGUCGUUGGAGCGGUGUCUAACUUGAGCCAGAUUGCGAAAGAAAUGGCAUCAACGACUACCGACCAGCAACUGAAGAAUGAGAUGCCGAUGCAUCUACAGGAGGUGGAGGAUGCAACACGACUGUUGAAUGAGGCAUCGACAGACUUGAAGUCCGACUCAGGAUCUGAUAUGGGAAAAUCGAAGCUGUUGAGUGGAGCAAGAGGUCUCAUCAGCGGAAUGUCGGAUCUUCUCGUCUGUGCUGACAUGUCCGAAGUCCGAAAGAUGGUCGCUACGUGUCGCAGAGUCCUAGAGUAUCUCACCGACGUUGCAAAGGUCGUCGACCAGGAGGCCGACUUGGUCACGUUUGUACAGAAUCUCACACCCGGCUUGACGUCGAUGGUGAAGGUUGUGGAAGGGAGAUGGCCGGAGUUGACUAACGAUCAGCACGGUCUCAUACUGAAGACGGAAUUAGCGAAUGUCAAGCACCACACUCCUGUUCUCAUCUCCGCCAUUCGAGCAUACGCCUCCGUUGCCCAACGGAAAGGCCACGGAGUAGACCAUGCAGCAAGCGGCAGAGAUUACGUCGUCGGCAAAAUGGCCACUUCAAUCGAAGAGGUCAUUCGUGUCCUUCAACUGACGACUACAUUUGAUGAAGAAACCAACAAACAAACAGAAGGUGACAUGUACUUGAGGGGAUUGACUGAAGUGUUUCAUCAGGCACAAGAGGCUUUGGCGAGUGGAGAUAUGAGUCAAGGGACAGUCGAUUCAGUGAAGACAGCUAUUGCCGAAGGACGUCGAGUCGCCGCACAAGCUUCGAAGGCCGAAACACGAGCGAUGCUGUUGGAGACUUGCAAGGAAUUGGACGGACUCCUUGCCGAGAUUGCAGCUCUCCAAGCUGCAGGAAAGGGCGACACUCGUGCCGCUCGGGAAUUGGCUCAUCGAGCUGCCGUGAAACUGCAGUCACUGGAACAGCAGAUUAGGCAUGCAAUGGCCGAAAAGGUUGCUACUGAUUUUGUUGACGUUACUGGCCCUGUGAGAGCAUUAGAAACUGCAGCCACAGCUGAUGCAAAUGAUCCCAAUCGUCAGGCCGUCUUUGAACAGCGAGCCAAAGAGUUUGAAACUCAUCAUAGAAAACUAGAGGAUACGGCUAAAAUGAUUGCCAAUUCGGGAGGUUGUGAUCCCGUAACUGCUGCUCAAGUACACAAAGCUGUAGCACAGAUGAAAGAUCUGUCUCCACAAGUGUUGAACGCAUCCCGAGUCGUCCUCAACAACCCCGGCGACAAGCUUGCAUUAGAGCAUUUCCGUACCGUGAAGAAGGAAUGGUCUGACAAUGCGACUGAGUUGACUCGCCUCGUUGACUCGGCGACCGACAGCCUGGAGUUUUUGAAAGUCUCAGAGGCGAAGGUAAAGGCUGACGUUGAGGAAGCGAAGGCACUUGUGAAGAAGGAAGAAACAGAGAAAGCUGUAGCCACAGCAAGCAAUAUUGCUCGACAAGCCAACAGAGUCCUUCAGUUCGCUCAGCAAGAGGCCCAGAACUCGGACGAUCAAGCGUACGUCAAUAGUCUCACCGGUGCAUCAGAGAAACUCUCAAAAUCUAUUGCUCCGAUGGUCGUCGAGGCUAAGGGCGUCGUCAGUAAUCCAAAAGACAAAGCACAACAAGAGAAAUUCUGCACGGCUGCUGAUCAGGUUGCCGAGCAUGUGUCUGGGAUUAGGACUGUUGUUGAAGACAACUGGGUACCUCCACGUCCACCAUUGCCCGACUUUCAGGAAGAGGAGGAAGAGGAAUUACCCGAACUGCCGCCUCCACCACCAGAACUCCUUGACCCUGUACCAGUUGAAUUACUGGAAGCAGAGCAGAUUCUAAGAGGACCGCUGGUCGACAAGAAGGAAAACCCUGUCACAUUUGCCGCCAUGGAUGCUUUCCAUGAAGCCGAUAAGUGGGAAGAGAAGGAUAACAAUUUGGUAGGCUUAGCAAAGCAGAUGGCUCGCAAGAUGGCAAUGAUGUCGAAGUUUAUGUCUGGUGAGGGUGGUGAAGUACACUCGAAGGCAGACCUCAUCAAGUACGCUAAAGAGAUAGCAGCCGGUGCCGGAGACAUGUUCAAGCUGGCACGUCAGAUUGCAGACGACUGCAUGGAUCGUCGACUAAAGACUAACCUUUUGCAAAGACUCGAUCGAAUUCCGACUAUUUCGACGCAACUGAAGAUCCUCGCAACGGUCAAGGCAACGACAAUGGGAGGAGACGAGUCAGCCGACGUGGAAGCAUCCGAGAUGUUGGUCGGCAACGCUGAGAACUUGAUGAACACAGUCAAGGACGUCAUUCGUGCAGCAGAAGCAGCAUGCAUUCGUCUCCGUCCCGGCUCUGCUGUUGCCUCUCUCAUCUGGCGCAGAAAGGGUGGGCAAGCACGUCGUGCAUCGAUCGGAUACUAAGAGAAGAGAAACUGGCCGUUCCUGCUGUGUACCAAUCUGCCAUGUUUGUUGUUAGAUUGUACUGUUGGCUGAUGGGUUGGGAAGAGUUUAUUGGUUGUGUAAGGAUUGGUUAUUGUAGAGACAAUGAAAUGAGACGUUAAGCUGUGAUUUUGUAGUAUGGUGACCAGGUUGGGUAGACAAUGCCAGGUGUGUUGUGGUGGUAGUA